UAAAGCUGGAACGCGACAGAAGCGAACUGCAUCUUCACGCCCUAUUCGCAAGGCUAUAACGUCAGGAGCAGUGCCCCUUCCAAAGAGUUGGUCCAACUAUGUCGCGGUUCCUGAGAACAAAGCUGAACUAGCAGCUUUCAUAUCAAAUGAAAUAUUGUCAGCCGAUUUCGGGCAGACAACCGUAGUUGUCGCUGGAGGGUUCGCUGACGAACUUCAAGUAUCUGCGAGCAAUGGGGUGGAUUUCUCUUCCUUGCAGUCUACGCACGAAGAGGCUGAUACCCGCCUUGUCCUCCAUGCAGUUAACAGUCCACACAGCAGAGUUGUCGUGUCCGCAAGAGACACAGACGUAUUUGUCUUGCUCCUGCAUCAUUUUAAGAGAAUGAAAUGCAAUGAAUGCUUUAUGAUGGCUGGCACUGCGAAGGAUAGAAAGUACGUACCUGUUCAUACGGUGGCAGCGUCAAUGACUCCCACGGAGCUAAACAAUAUCCCCAUAUUCCAUGCUCUGACCGGCUGCGACACUACGUCAUUUAUAGCAGGUGUAGGAAAGAGAAGUGCCCUGGUUGUGUACCGCUCACAUUCCAAGCUUCUUGAUGGACUGACAGUGGGGGAAGUACAUGAGAGAGUUCUAUCGAAGUUUGAGCAAUUCCUGGUACUCUUGUACAAGAAAAAGGAAAAGACUUGUAACGAAGCAAGACGAAUUCUUUUUGGAAAAGUUUCAAGUCCUGAAUUGCUCCCACCCACGUCUGACGCAGCCCGUCUCCAUAUCCUCCGAACCACGUACCAAGCUGGUGUCUGGUUGAGUGCACACAUAGCAAGACCGAACCUUCCCGAUCCUUGCCAGUACGGAUGGCGGCUUGAAGAAAAUUACAUCCCUAUCUACACUUCCCUCCCAGCUGUCCCCGAGUCCUGCAAACAGCUUCUCAGUUGUGGCUGCAAGUCCGGGUGCAAUACUGGCUUAUGCAAGUGCAAGCGGGAGGGAGAGGUUUGCACCAUGUUGUGCAGGUGCCAGGCAGACUGCGGAAAUAACAAUGAAAAUGAUAACGUGUUCCAGUAAAAUGUAUUUUAU